CAAAAAACCGACUCCGUCACGGCCACCACAUUCGCUCGUCGAUACCCUGCGCGUUUCGAUAGGCGAAUUCAAUCAACACAACACCGCGAUCAUGGCUGACGAAUACAACGCCGAGGAGGCCGCUGAGAUCAAGAAGAGAAGAACCUUCCGCAAGUUCUCCUACCGAGGAAUCGACCUUGACAACCUCCUCGACCUCUCCUCCGACCAGCUCCGCGAUGUCGUCCACGCCCGCGCCCGCAGAAGGAUCAACCGCGGCCUGAAGCGCCGCCCCAUGGGCCUCAUCAAGAAGCUCCGAAAGGCCAAGCAGGAGGCCAAGCCCAACGAGAAGCCCGACCUCGUCAAGACCCACCUGCGAGACAUGAUUGUCGUCCCCGAGAUGAUUGGCAGCGUCAUCGGCAUCUACUCCGGCAAGGAGUUCAACCAGGUUGAGAUCAAGCCUGAAAUGGUUGGCCACUACCUGGGCGAGUUCUCCAUCUCAUACAAGCCUGUCAAGCACGGUCGACCUGGUAUCGGUGCCACGCACUCUUCUCGUUUCAUUCCCCUCAAAUAAGAAGGCGUGUGGUCUUGGGUGGUUUCUGCAUUCUCGGACAUUUUCGGGCGAAAAAGGACUGGUUUUGGUAGACG